CCGCGCGCGCAGUCGACGGGAGCGGCCAGUGGCUGAGGGUCGCCGAAGGGGGCAUGCGGCACCGCCAGCGGCGCGCACACGCACUCGCACAGAUACGCACAUACGCACGCGGCGCACGGUGCGAUAACAGCGCUGGCACACACACACCCGUGCGGGCAGCGUGCUGGAACAGACACCCCGCUGCGAGCGUUCCGCGGACAACAUCAUCGCCGAGGUCGGACACGCGGUGAGACGCACCGCUCCGCUGUCACACACACACACACACACGCACACGCACACGCACACGGGGACAUGAGGGUGCUAUCCUCCACACUGCGGAUACCCCGCGCCUGGAUCUCACACCUGGUGAUCGCCGCCUGCGCACAGGUUGCAUCCCCGAGACCAACGUGCUCCUCGGGACUGUAUGCUAAUAACAGAUGCUGUCGCAGGUGUGACCCAGGAACGUACCAGUUUGCGCAAUGCACGGCUGACGAGGAAACGAAAUGCCGUCCGUGCGGCCAGAACGAGUACCUACCGUACGCUAAUAAUGAGUCGAAGUGCUUGCUGCAGAAGAUCUGUGAUCCAGUAAAGGGCUUCAUCCAGGAAUCCAGGGUGAACCGCACUGCUGCGGUCCCGUGCCGCUGUAAGCCAGGGUACCAGUGCUCACUCAUCAACUGCGAGUUCUGUGUGAAGAUAGAAAAGUGUCAGCCUGGAUUUGGAUUUGUGACGAACGAGGGCAAGGGUACGGGGACCUGUUUGCCGUGCAAAAAUGGGUAUUACUCCAACAUCUCCUCCACUGAGCCCUGCAAGCCUUGGACAGACUGCAAAGUCCUCGGAAAAACUGAAAAACAGCCCGGCAGCGAUAAAAGUGACUCUCAGUGUGGGGCCAUCAUUACUGGUGCCUCCAGUUUGUGGGUUGUCGUCGCUGUGCUGUCGCUGUUAGUUUUAGUGUCGCUGGUCGUCCUGUUCUUGCUUUGCUGCAAGGAGAAGUUAAAGCCUCUCUCAGGAAACUUACGGACCUGUGUGCAGAACCUCAAGCAAAGCAGGGUGCAGCAGGAGAUGGCGCCUUACAGCAGCCCCAGCGGGCCUCUGAACCGCAGCCUUUUACACGAGGGGAACCUCCACGACGCCUCGGACGUCGGCCCCGGUGACCGUGCCCCGGCCGCCAAGCUCGCCGUGGCUGGAGAAAGCUGCAGGUUGGCGCCCGCAGAGGCCAAGAGCGAGCCUCCGUCGUACUCCGGAUCCGCACCCUGCAGCUGCGCGUUCCCCGUGAGGGGCCCCUUGGAGGUGGGCGAGAACGAAGACUGCAGCCAGGCGGUGGCCCCCGGGGUCUGUUCCUGCGGAGCGGAGACCGUGCAGAAGCGGCCCCCCUGCGAGGACUGCCGGGCGGAACCGCAAGGGUCGUGCGACCCCGGCCGGGACCCCGGGGUUCAAGUGACGGGUCGUGGCGGAGAACGGCCCGGCACCCGAACGGACGGGGACGACAGACAGAACGAGCCCUGCUGCUGCAGCGAGGACUCCACCACGGGGCCCCUGCUGUCCCUGGAGUGCGAGGAGGACGCGGGGCGCUCCCCCCAGGGUGGCAGCGAGCGAAAGCUGCCCGCUUGCGGGAUUUCGAAUGACCCCGUGCCGCUGCACGCCGCGCAAAGUUUAGACACACCGAUGGCCUCUGGCCGCGUGUCUGGGAACAACAACACGGCGUUCAUCUCCAGCGGGCAGGUGAUGAACUUCAGCGGGGACGUCAUCGUCGUGUACGUCAGCCAGGGCUCCCAGGGUGCCGGGGAGACCCAGGAGGAGGCUUUCGGAAACCCCGUCCAGGAGGAAUCUGGCGACGGGGCCUUCAGGGCGCAGAGCAAAGCCGACGCCGGCGCCCCCUUGCGAGACCCGGCGCUCCGGUACCCUCCGGCCACACAGAGAAGCUUACCUGUCCAGGAGGAGAGCAACGAGUGGCCCCAGCACAAACUGCUGUAAAAAUAAUUUUAAAAAAGAACUAAAGCCGGUGCCCUGAGGACAGCAUGCGGCCAGUACUACCUGGAUUUACUCUCCUUUUGUAAUAUAGAUAUUCUUCUGUUCAGGGUAUGUUGAUGUAUUCGUAUAAAUGCUAUGCAUUUGUUUAAACUUAGAUUUUGCGUGUGCGCGUGUGUGCACUUAGGAGCAUUGAAAAAGCCCUGUUCAAAAGGCAGACUAAUGUUCCAGAUUGAAAUAAGCGUGUCGUGAUGUACAUUCCCAACUGGAAUUGAAAUGUAUUAGCUUGUUCUUCUGGUGAGAGGGGAAGUCGGGCCAAGGAAUGGCGCAAAAGAGCGCGGAGAGACACGCAUCGAGCGGGAAAAGUAGUAACGACACGUUUAACAGUAUGGAGGGGUAUGAGGGAACCUAACAGAGCGACAGCCCCUAAAGUUGGAACGGGAAAGAAAUGCCCCCUGGGAGAUACCCGCUGACAACUGGAGGCCUGCCACACACCCCUCCCACCCUCCGAGCAGCUCGAGUUCUUGCAUUCUCACUAGUCUUGUGUUUUUCAUGCAAUUUGGUAUUUUCUGAAAUAACAUAAAAUACAUUGAAAAGGACAUAGAGACCAGGCAACAGUGACUGGUGUAUCAGAGUUUAAUUUCCAAAUUAAAAAUUUGCUGUAUGUAUAGUUGACGCAAGGCCUUCCAAAGUGUCUGUCAUUUGUGAGAGGAGGCAGUGCUUCUUUUUUUUUUUUUUUUUUUUUUUCUUUUUUUUUUUUUUAACUACGGGUCUUCAGCGGCUGGACUGCAGCCUGCAGAAAUGCGUGUAGGAGUGUGUGUUAGUGACUGAGAGCUCAUGAGAAGCCCGGCUCUCGUAAGCGUCACGUGAACAACAUCGGCUUCCCCUUCAGUCAUGAAGAAAGAUCAGCUUUUAAAUCCCUGAACUGCAUUACAAGGUGUGUGGUAUAGUGAGAAAUAAAAUAUAAGUGUAAGAAUUUAAGCAAGAAAGCCCAGUGUGACUCCAGCAACAUACUGGCCGAGCUCAGUUUUGUCAUGGAUUAUUUUCAACGAAAUGUUUGAAUUCUAAUAAAGCAUUGUGUAUUUUGUCAUUGCUUUGGAGAA